AUGGUGGUAGGGGUGGAGCAGGGUCGAGCCCCUAACCCCAUAGCGGGUCUCCAACCCCAGGGGCGUGACUCAGUUUACCGCUCUAUUAAUCCUUGGAGUGUGGACAGGGGGCCCUCAUCCAGUCCAGCCAUGAUCCUGUUCUGUCUGCUGUGGGGAUGCGUUUUCACCGCAGUCCAUAUGAAACCAUCCAUUUCUUGUGAGGAAAAGCAGUACUUGGUGAAUGGGCUGUGCUGUAAGAAGUGCUCUCCAGGAACAAAGCUGGUCACUGACUGCACUGAGGACAGUGAAACCCAAUGCAAGCCUUGCGAAGAGGGAGAGUUCCAGUCUUCCUGGAACCAUGAUAAAUAUUGCCAUCAGCACAAAUACUGUGAUUCCAAUUUGCACCUCCGGAUUCAGAAGGAAGGCUCCUUGGAAAAAGACACCAUCUGCAUCUGCACAGAUGGCCUUCACUGCACUAGCCCAGAGUGUGAGAGCUGUAGCAACCAUAGUCCCUGUCAGCCAGGCUUUGGUGUCAAUCAAGCUGGCACAGGUACUACUGACACCAUCUGUGAACCUUGCAAGAAAGGCUUCUACUCCAACGUGUCCUCUGCUUUUGAACGGUGUCUUCCUUGGACCAGCUGCGAAGCCCCAGGACUGAUGAAAAUUCAGGAGGGGACAGAUAAAACUGAUGUACUCUGCCAGCUGAAGGAUCAAAAUCCAGAUCGAAUGAGUCUCCUGGUGCUGAUCCCCAUCAUAGUAGGAAUUGUUUUUGCUGUCAUCACCUUAUUGUACUGGAAAGGUCUGGGUUUCAAGGAGCUGAAGAAGAACAAGGUUCUGCAGCUUAUGGAGAAAGAGUCCCAGGAGCGCCCCCAAAGAGAGCAUCCCCAGGAGAAUGAUGAGGAUCCCUUCCCGGUGCAGGAAACCUUACUUCGGGGCCAGCCCGUCACCCAGGAGGAUGGCAAGGAGAGCCGCAUCUCAGAGCAAGAGGGACAAUGAGAGGCUGCUAGGGCCAGAGCCAGCUCUGGGAUGGAGGUUCAGGACCUCUUGAGGUGGGGGGAAGAAGGCCCUGGGGGAUGGAGAGCUGCUGUCCUGGGGAGAGAGGAGGAAGCACUUGGGGGCUGCCUGCUUCCUGUCUGACCCUUGAAAUGCUCACUCAGCAGGUCCUCAGACUUUUCCUCCUUUGCAAUGACUUUGACAUUUCCAGACCCCAGAGUUUCUCUCUUGGUCCUACUGCCUUGGCAUAAAGAAAGGGGUGUGGGGGGGAAAUGGCCAAUUAUCAGAGAAGGAAUAUCCACUAGCAGGAUCCCACCCUCCCACCCCCAAGCUCUGGCCUGAAGCCACAGAGAGGAUUCUCCUGAAUACACACUGCCCACAAAACCCUUUGGAGCCCAAGACUGCUCCUUCUGACCCCUUCCAGGCAGAACAAGGUAAAAGCUUUGCCUUUUCCCAUCCAUUCGAGGCUGGGCCCAUUACCCAGGGGUCUUUCCCUCAGCCAGUGGCUAUGGCUGCCGCUGCUGGGUACAGUAGUGCCCUGUUCCUCACCUUCAGGGAGAACAUCAGGAUAAAAAUAUACCAUCCCAUUAUCUUCCCGCAGCGCCAGCUGAUGGGGAAGCAGACAGGAGGAGCAGAUGGAACAAAAGCCAAGGGAGCAGAGAGGAAGGGGGCAGGGCAGCGGGAAGCCCCAUCUCACCCAUGCUGGCCAGGCACAGAUGAGGUGAGGGGUCAGGCCAGAGUCAAUCUCUAAGGGGGUCACGAUCACAGAAAAGUAGGAUGUGGCCGGGGUUUGGACACAUCUCCUGGAAUGCUCUUGGGGUUGGCUUCUCUAAGUGGUUUGGGACUGAUUAAAUAAAACUUGGAAGAACAA